UCUCAAAACGCUUUGCCAAGUGCAACACUACCCUGUGAUAAAAACAAACAAUCGAAACAAUCAAGUGUAUACCUCAACCAAAAACAAACCCUAAAAUGGCAUCCUUCAAAGCUACCCUCCUGUUCGCCAUCGUCGCCCUGAUCGCCCUGGUGUCGGCCGUUCCGGCUCCGCAGCGACCCAUCCCUGGACGGCAACCGUUGGCUCCCCGUGCCGCCGAUUCCGUCCCCGCUGCUGCCGAUGAUCUGGAAGCCGAAUCUGAGGACAAGGAUCUGAAGGGUGCUUCCUCGUUCGGAUAUGGCUACUACGGAGGCUAUCCAGGAUUCGGAUACGGCUACGGAUACCCAUACGGCGGAUAUUACGGUUGGGGUCGUGGCUACCCAUACGGAUACCGUUACGGAGGAUUGUACGGAGGAUACUGGUACUAAGACCUUUCAGCCUGAGUCUGCCUCCAGCCCGUCAUAGAUAAUCGACCCCGGCCUACAUCCCAAGGAUCCACGAUUCCAACACCAAACAACCCACCAGAACUCCACCAGGUCCAUCUAUUUCUUCCAUCCCAUACUUGAUACUUGACUCAGAGUGUGCUACCCUAGUUAGCCCUAAUCUAGAUGCGUAGGUGUGUUUUUGAGCAACCUUCCGAUCCUGGGAAGGGUUUUUUUUUAUCCGCGUUCGAUAAUACCAGCCGCCCAGAAGUUCCCGUUCUGCUGCCGAAGUUCUUUUCGUGAUAAUUCCCCUCCGGAAGGUCCGGAAAUGAAGUCGUAGAGCUAAGCGGUCUCCGGGAAACUUUGGGGCUUUUCUGUUGUGCUUUUAUUUUUAUUUUACUGCCGAAUGAUGAAUGAGAAAAUGACAAAAAAAAGUACUUUUGUAUAUAUCUUCUUCAAUGUUUUCUAAUAAAAAUACAACCAAGUGUUACCCGAAUAUGA